AUGGGAUCAGGGGACUCAGGUGAGUCCUGCCUCAGGUCGAGUCCGGCCCGGGACGGACACACACGUGUCACGUUCCUGCGAGAGGACGCGUGGGGCGCGCGCUCCUUGUACCUCAGCCUGUGGUCCGAGGACAGGAGACUGGUGACCUGCGAGGUGAACAGCAGUCCACUGGCCACGGAGAGUUACCGCACUCUCUGCGGGAGGAGCGACACCCAGCUGCAGGACGAGGAGUUCACCCGGAGGUUUAACUUCAGUGUGUUGGCAGCUCCGGAUUCUCCCUGCGCGCCACAGGUCUCCAGGCGCACCAGAAGAACCGGGACCGAGGGGAAAGUGCGGAGGAAGCGAGGAUGGUUAUUUCCGGGGACGCUGUGGUGCGGCAGGGGAAGUGAAGCGGUCAGAUACGAACAGUUAGGGAUGUUCGAGAACGCAGACAGAUGCUGCCGUGAACACGACCACUGCUCCCACAUCAUCCCUUCUUUCACCGUGAAUUAUGGAGUCUUCAACUCCUACUUCUACACGCUCUCACACUGUGACUGUGACCAAAGGUUUCGACAGUGUCUUCUUGAGGUCAAUGACACCAUUUCUAGUAUGGUGAGCUACAGCUUUUUCAACAUUCUGCGGAUUCCCUGCUUUGAGCUCAAACAGCAGAAGCGAUGCACCCAGAUGUACUGGUGGGGAAUGUGCAAAGUAGCCAAAGAGGCUCCAUAUGCCAUCUUUAAAAGCCCACUCCCAUACAAAACAUCUGAUGUUUCAAGCAAAUAUGGAGACAGUGCCACCAGGAGCAACUUAACAAGUAGUGAGAGGCAGCAGGUAACCGAAAGCCCAGCGAUCAGCCCACGCAGAAAGUCACCCAAAAGAAAACAUAGAUGUGGCCCCAGGGCCCCACCCAGAGGAGACACUUUCUACCUCAGGACAAAAGGGAGAAGAUGUAAAACACGCCGGAUACCAUCAACAGUCGCACCCUCUCAAAUGGCCCCAAUAUCAAGGGCACGCACCACUACUCCUUCAACGGAAACAGCUCGUUUAAAUGCAACUAAACUUAUCACUGUGGUGUCACAUAAAAAAAGAGUUGGAAAAAAAAAGAGAAACAGAAAGGGCCUGUUGGUUUCCACCACACAGAGACGCCAAGUUCCAAAGCAGGCGUCUACAAACUCUAAUCCAGGGACAUCAUCUACAACACAAAGCUCCUUGUCUGUAACACGGAGGCAACAACUGUAUCCAACAGCAGCCACCACAGCAGAGAUCAAAACCAAGAGGAGUCACAAAAAAGGUAGAAAGCAAAGUCGCUGCUGUGGAUUCAGGAGGGCCGACACCUUAAGGCCGCUUUGUAAACGUUGUCUGGAGCAAGAAACAACUACAGAUGGCCCGCCAAUCAAAGUGACAAAACUUCAGAACCCACAGCAAAGAGAGACAACAGACACACCAGAACCAGACAAUUUGAAAAUACAGUUGAAUACAACCACAUUUGCAACACCCAUCAGAACGAAACUAAAGACCACAGCCUCGCUUCGUAAGGACGGAGAGUCACUAAGGCAGAUGGACUCUCACCUACUGGGGAAUAACACAAGCCAGAAGCACAUGGGUAGUAACACAACACAAAGUCCCCUUGUGGGAAUAAGCUUUAAAGAAAAUAACACAGUCACAGAUAGCCAGCUCCUGUGUGGAAGCCUCAGAUAUCUGGAUGACUGUAAAUACCAAAUCCCUCCUCUGGAGAAGAAGUAUGAUCUGCAGAACAUGGAGUCAAAGACGGCCUACCACUGUGACUGCACCACCCGCUUGGCUCUUCAGAUCAAAAGCUCCAAGCAGCCCAGGGUUCUCCCCACGCUGCUGAUGGAUUUCAUCUCCCAAUACUGCUUCAAACUGCCGAAAGAGAACAAAUGCCGUCGCAGGAAAAGCUGUUCUGGAGGCUUCAUUAAAGCCUCUGACCUACUUCGAACACUUAAGAAGAUGGAGGGAAAAGACAGUGGCGGGGUGCAAAAUUCAGGCAAUGAGAGGAAAAGAGGGAUUCCUGUUCGCCUUUAUAAGCGAUGCCUAAGGCUGGAGAGAGAAGCUGAUAUUAUGGCACAGCUCACAUGAUUACAGACUAAGCUGCUAUGUGCAGCACCGGCAAUGACUUUAUAAGCUUUAAAUUCAUGCAGCAGAUUCUGUUUCUCUGAUGGUGACAAAGAAAAGUCU